AUUUCAAAUGUAAACGAGUUGUUGACGAGAACGCGUGUGUAAUCAAAUCGGUGUGUGUUGCGCGUACAUUACCUGUUUUUAUUUUAAUUCAAAACUCUUCUUUCAAUUACAUUAUAAUUGUAUUUAUUGCACAACAACAAACCAAACAACGAAAAAAAUGUGCAUAACAAUUCGAUACGAGUAACUUUGUUAAACAUUUGCCACUAUUUUGUGGCAAAAAAGUGCAAUAAAACAAAGUUUUAAAUUGAAACUACUACGAUCACUCGUCUCAUCUACCAUCUCAACCAUCAUCAUCAACACCUGAGGAAUUUUUUCAACAACACAUUUCGGAAGCAGUUCCAGCAGCGCAGCACCCGGCCAAAGCACUUCAACAGAAAAAAAAAAAGAUAAAACAAAAAAACAACAAAGCAAGUUAAAACAUUUUUUUACUUGUUUGUGUGAUUCAUUUUUGUGUCGGUAUUUUUCUUACUAAACGAAAGAAAGAAUUGAAUUAUAUGUGUUUGUGUAUUUUAAACAUGUUUCUAUUGCAUAUAUCCUGUAAAAUAUAGAAAAACAAAGUUUCUCAAUAAAAAAAAAACCCAACGUUCAUCUCUCUGAGUGCAUUUAUUAUUUUUGUUGUUGUUGUGAACAUAAAAUCUACUCUACUUGCUGGGUUUUUUUUUUUCUAUGUUGCUAGCAUAACAACGGUCGUCCGGAACACAAGGUGCUGCAUAAACAAAGGAAAUUUAAUUGAUCUACUACUACUCGCUCUGUUGGCUCGUUCAGUUUGAAUAGUUCCUUCCUGUAGUUCCCCUUUACUCUAUCUCUGUCGCGCACCCUAUUUUAGGAUUUUUUUCAAACGGACAUCUGUCAAGUGGGUCCUUGUUUUUUUUUACAUAAUUUCUGCGUGUUUGGUUGCUUCGUCCUUAAUCUUUAUCAACAUUGCGGUGCAAUGUUCUUGAAUGAUCUAUGUGUAUUUUUUUUUCUCUAUAAACAUGUUGCUAAUGGAUUAGAUUCAUAACUUUUUUAUAAAGGAAUAAAAUUUAAAUAAAAUUAAAAGUGCUUGUUUGUAUUUUUUUUUUGUACAAGUUGAAAAAUUAAGUCAGUUUUUUUUUGGUGUUCUCUCACAAAAUUUAUUGAAAACCAAGUAGAUACAUAAUAAAAUGAAGGUUACGGUUUGUUUUGGUUCGGUGCGCAUCGUUGUACCAUGUGGAAGUGGUGACUUGCUGGUAAAGGAUUUAAUUCAUGAAGCAACUAGACGUUAUAAAAAAGCUGUUGGCAAGGUAAGACAUACAUACCACUCCGGAUAUUAUGGUUACGAGUGAUUUUUAAACUCAAGUGAACCCACAGAAGGGAACCAGACUCUUGGGUAGCUGUCCAUCAUUUACAAACACAAUCAGGAAUUCUUGACCCCGAUGACUGUUUACGGGAUGUCGCUGAUGACCGCGAACAAAUUUUGGCCAGUUUCGAAGACUCUGGCCCCGAUCCUGGUGUUCCGCAGGGUGGAGGUGACGGUGCCAGCGGAAGUUCAUCCGUCGGCACCGGUAGUCCCGACAUUUUCCGCGAUCCAACAAACACAGACGCUACAACGGGCAGCCAUGCAAAUGCAUCAGUGCCUCACAUUGAGGUAACCAGUACGACAGUAUGUCCGAUGAACGGAUUGGGUUUGCAAGUGCGGCGCAGUAGUGAUCCAAAUUUAUUGGCGUCACUUAAGAAUCAAUCAGAAGCGAAUAAGCGUUGGUCGGCGGCAGCUCCAGCUUGUCGGGACGAUUCACCUGAUCGAAUAAUGGACAAAGUCGUCUAUUUAUCACCACAGUGGGAGGAGGAGGAUGAUCUGACACAUCAGUCGGCGCAGCCACAACAGAAUUUUGCCCGAUCGGGCAGACUGUCGAUGCAGUUUUUGGGUGAUGGCAAUGGGUAUAAAUGGAUGGAAGCGGCCGAGAAACUUCAAACACAGUCGUACUCAACCAAGUCGCUUCCUAGAGAAACUGGAAAACGAAAAGAACCUCUGGGCCAGGCUUACGAAUCCAUCAGAGAGAAAGAUGGAGAAAUGCUACUCAUCAUCAACGAAUAUGGCGGUCCUCUUGGUCUAACUGCAUUGCCUGAUAGUGAGAAUGGUGGUCUUAUAGUGCAGCAUGUUGAACUAGGAAGCAGGGCUGAGCGAGGUCGACUACGAAGAGGCGAUCGAAUAUUAGAAAUAAAUGGAACUAAACUUGUCGGCCUCAGCGAAGGUAAAGUCCAAGAUCACCUGCGAAGGUCCUUGGAAUCAUCUGAGUUGAGAGUACGUGUCAUUCGUGGUGAUAAGCUCGGCAAGCCAAGUAGGCGAGAUUCAAAAGUAGCCGAGAUGAUUGAAGCAGAGGAGAAAGCUUCUUCGGCAGGCACCAAAGUUGCAACGGUUUCGCCAACAAGGAAAUCCCAUACAGCUCCUGUAGGGACAUCGUUUCAAACCGCCAACACUCGUAAGCUGGGUCGAAAAAUUGAAAUUGUACUUAAAAAAGGACCUCACGGACUUGGUUUUAGUGUAACCACCCGCGACAAUCCAGCUGGUGGACACUGUCCAAUCUACAUUAAGAAUAUUUUACCACGUGGAGCAGCCAUUGAAGAUGGAAGACUUAAACCUGGUGAUAGACUACUAGAAGUAGACGGACUACCAAUGACGGGAAAAACUCAAACUGAUGUCGUGUCGAUAUUAAGAUCAACACAGCCAGGUGCUUCUGUAAGAAUUGUUGUCUCAAGACAGCAAGAGUUGGUGGAAGUUGACGAACGUGAAAUUAACUUUUCUGAGGAAAAUGAACUGGCAACAGGUACACCACCAAAACCUCCGGCUCCUGUAUUCCCUAAUUCUGAAGUCAAGAAAUCAAGUAGUUCGAGAUCAUUAUUUGAACAACAUCAACUACAACAACAAUCAAACUUAAAUGAAUCUCAGCACUUUAUCGAUGGUGGAAGUGAAUCGGCAGCUUCUAGCGAUAGCCUUCAAGCUGGUAUUGCAUGGAGAAGCCGAGAAGUGCUAACAUUCCACAUACCUGUGCAUGACACAGAAAAAGCCGGCCUUGGAGUUAGUGUCAAAGGAAAAACUACCUCUUCAAAUUCUUCAAGUGGCAGCAAUGGAUCAAUGAAGCAUGAUGGAGAUUUAGGAAUUUUUGUUAAGAACGUCAUUCAUGGUGGAGCUGCAUCGCGUGAUGGCAGACUUCGGAUGAAUGAUCAGUUAUUGAGUGUAAAUGGGGUGUCCUUGUUGGGUCAGAGUAAUGCCGAAGCAAUGGAAACCUUGCGUCGUGCCAUGGUCAAUACACCCGGCAAGCAUCCAGGUGUAAUAACACUCUCGGUGGCAAGAAAAAUUACAAGAUCUCACAGCUCUGGUGAUAUACUAGAGAGUAGUAGCACCAAUGAUAGUUCAAAUACAAGUGAGAAUUCUGGAGCAACUGUUAUCUAUCUUAGCCCAGAUAAAAAGGAUAACCGAGAUAUGAAUAGAUGGAGCAAUCCCGUAUUAGAUCGUUUAACCGGAGGAGUUUGCUCGUCGAACUCAAAUCAAAAUCGCCGUCAACCGCCCCCACUCUCGAAUACAGUUCCACAUGGACUUCGUAAUGAAAGUUAUUAUAUGGCCACAAAUGAUACAUGGUCGCCGUCACUGCAAUCGCCUCAAAUGCAUGGAAAUCAUGUUAACAAUUCAGUUUUAAUAGAGGAUGAUCCAGAACCAAUGUCACCUAUCCUUCCAAAUCGCCCAAAUGACUCUGUUAGUACACUUCAAAGUACUAUAUCGAAUGGUGUAAAUUUCGAUGCCACUUACUCGUCACAACUAAGCCUUGAAACUAAUAAUUCUGGUGCUGAGCAUUUUAGUCGCGAUGCCAUUGGCAGACGUUCAAUAUCUGAGAAACACCAUGCAGCAUUGGAUGCACGUGAAACUGGAACCUAUCAACGUAAUAAAAAAUUACGUGAAGAUCGUGAAAGAGAACGUCGCCUUCAAUUGACAAAAUCAGCAGUAUUUGGUGGAUCGGCUGAAUCGAUUUCUACAAGAAUAGCCAAUGCUAAUCAUCAAAUGUCAAAUGGCAAGAAUCAUCAAUCGAAUGAUUUGAGAUCUGAGGCUAUGGAUCAACUUGGUGAAUUGGGUCCUUCGUUGGGCCUAAAGAAAUCAUCUAGUCUCGAAUCACUGCAGACUAUGGUGCAGGAAAUUCAAAUGUCUGAUGAACCGAGAGGACCAAGUGCUUUAAGAGCUCCACGGGGUCGUGGCAGAGAGGAUAGUUUGAGGGCCGCUGUGGUUGGUGAACAUGAUACAAACAAAGCCCGCAAGCACUGGCUGCUUGAAGAGGCCGAUUCUGAAGGUGGAUUCCCUAAUCGAAAUGGUCCAUUCCAAAGUUCCCUUAACGAUGGCAAGAAUAAAAGUCGUGCAAAGAAACCAAGUAUACUUCGUGGCAUUGGUCAUAUGUUUAGAUUUGGAAAAAAUCGUAAAGAUGGUGUUGCUCCAAUGGAACCACAAAAUGACUAUACAAUGACCGUUAAUCAAUUGCCUCCACAAUUACCACCACCAAAUGGUUCAAUACCCACAGCUGCUUUGAGUAUAGACCGUGGUGGAAAAAUUGCUCCUCCCAUUUAUCAGCCACCACCGCCUCCACCUCCAGCAAGUAGUGGACAAAGUUCAACAUCUUCGAAAUCAUCAUCAUCGACUGCAAUUCAUCAAAAUGAUAUAUUUAAUCAUCGAUAUCAACACUAUGCAAAUUAUGAAGAUCUGCAACAACACCAAUUAAGUGAUGAACCAAGUCAGGAUGUUUUGUCUGAAUCCACCUUAGAAUGCAUGCGGCAACAAGUUAUUCGACAGCGAAAUAAAGUCGAGGCAGAGAGUCGCCGUCAUCAACACUAUCACUCUCAACGAAGUACUCGAAGCCCUGAAGUAAACCUGCACCAAUGUCAACUUGGUGGUGGACCAGGUUCUCGACCAGCUUCAAGCUAUUACGAAUAUGAAACAGUUCAACAUAAUGUUUCUCGAAGCCAUAAUAACUCUCAAAAACAGCAGCAUGCUAAUAAUAAUAUACCGUCCAUAGCUGAACAUCAUCAACAACAGCAGCAACAACAACAGCAGCAGCACCAACAGCAACAACAACAACAACAGCGUCACUGGAAAUCGGCAACUUUGAAUGGUUUCAAUCCUGCAACUCUUAACAGUAGUGGACGUAGCAGAGGACCAUUUGUCACACAAGUCACAAUUCGGGACCAAUCGCAUCUAAAUAAUACAUCAUCAGUAAAUGCCAGUGCUCAGCAACCUACAUACCAACAGGUGCAUAAGCUAUCUUCGUCGUCCCAUCAGCAAAGUGCACAGCCGCACGCUUCAAAAGUGUGACUAUAGGCUUGGAGGGGCUUCGAUUUUUUAAUGGAGUGCCACCAAUGUUCGCAAAGUGAAUUGAACAAAUCAAAGAUAAAUUAACUAACCUUUGGAGACUGCUAACCACAUACAUAGUAAGGAUAAGAGAAAAAUGUUAAAUUAUCACCUUUAAGGAGAAACAAAAAAUAUAUAUUGUAAUAUUUAAACUCUGUCAUUCCUUAAGCAAAAAAAAAAAAACAUAAAACUUUAA